GCGGCCGCGCGCGAUGGCACCGUGCACGUUUUUGUUUCUCCGUUCCUGUCUGUGUGGUCGGUGUAGGGUAUACCAUGCAGCUCCGCGGUGAGAUGUGCAUUGGAUCGGCGUCGGUUCUUUCGCUGGCGGCGCUGCUAUGCCUCAUAUUUAUGCAUGUUGGACAAAUCAACACCUCGCCCGUCCCUCGAGACAUAUCUAUGGUGAAGGUGAAUAUGUCUGGUUACGGAGCCGCACUGCACACAGCCCUCAGCGACCCCAUCGAAGGAUUAUACACGACGAAUGCCUCAGCGCCUCUGCAGAAGCAGGCUGGCUUACGGAACUUCUACGACUUUGGCCUGUACUCCUACUGUGCCUAUGUGAAUCAUACCGCGGGCACAUGCUCGAAUCACACGACUGCUAACAGAUUUGAGCCGUUCCAAGUCAUCACAGCCGACAUGCUCGCGAACUACUCCGACCUGACAGAUUACAUUAUCUCGCCGACGACAUUCACGGACUUACCGUACCUCGGCCAGUUUUCCAACGGCGCCUAUUACCUGCUACUCAUCGGUACGAUCUGCGCUGCCAUAGCGCUGCUCAGUGGUAUAAUCAAGCACCCGCUGACUUUCCUAUGCUCUACUGCAUUUGCCAUCAUCGGCAGUGCUAUGCUUCUCGUAGGAGCUACUAUAUGGACUGUCAUCGUACACAAGGCACAGUCUAUCAAUAAAGUCCAGGUCGGGACGACCUCAGACACCUCCCCUCUCGAAAUCGUCGUCUCCAUGGGGGAUGGAAUAUACCUUGCUUGGGCGGCCUUUGCCCUUCUCGUUGCAUCCAUCAUGCCGUACAUGAUCAGUUGCUGCACAUUUCGCGGAUGACCCACGCCAUAUAGCCAGUCUAUACUCAAAUUACACCGUGUUGGCAGCACCCGGCACGAAACAUCGUACAUAUACCUCACGCUCUGUGAUUGCUUUUAUCUGUGCCCGCUAUCGAUACCUUGUACUCUUGUAGACCUUACCAUGACAAUGUAGACGAUCAUUGAUCGACUUCCCG